GUUCAGGCAAACUGGGUAACGGUAGUGUAGUUGAUCACGCCGAGUCGGUAUGACGAGAGAUUAGCUAUACUCAGGGUGGGACGGCGUCAAGCCGACUAAUCGUUUUUUAUCGUGGUGCAGGGUAAAUACGGAAAGCCCUAAAAAUUGACCUUGACCAAUAAAGGCCAUCACGCGAAUAAUAGAAAUCAUAAUAUUUCUGUAUUUGGAUUUGACAUGUCAGAUUUUUCGAAGGAUAAAUAUUCAAUGAGUUAGUUUAUAUUAUUCCAUAUGGUGCAUUUUGCAAGUCACUUUUUAUUAAGUCACCCUUCUAUCUGUUCAUGACUUAGAUUAUUUCACUGCAAGCCCAGUUGUUUUGAAAAUUGUUGUAGGAUUCCUUUAUCCACAAAUCAACAAUGACUUCUGAAAAAAUAUUUUCAGUGGGAGAAGAUUGCACUUCUCAAUGGACUGAUGCAAAGGCAGGAUAUAAUGAAACUGACACCCAUUUAGAGAUCCUUGGCAAGCCAGUAAUGGAAAGAUGGGAGACACCAUACAUGCACUUAUUGGCGGAAAUUGCGACAUCAAAAGGGGGCAGAGUGCUAGAAAUUGGUUUUGGAAUGGCAAUUGCUGCAGACAAAAUUGAGUCUCGCAAUAUAGAUGAACACUGGAUCAUUGAAUGUAAUGAUGGAGUUUAUGUUAGACUUGAGGAAUGGAAGAAAAAGCAACCUCAUAAGGUUGUACCAUUGAAAGGAUUAUGGCAAGAUGUAGUACCAACUCUACCUGAUGGACACUUUGAUGGUAUUCUUUAUGAUACAUAUCCACUUUCUGAAGAAACAUGGCACACACAUCAGUUCGAAUUCAUAAAAAACCAUGCACAUAGACUUCUUAAACCAGGUGGUGUUUUAACAUACUGCAAUUUGACAUCAUGGGGUGAAUUGUUGAAAACUUCAUACCAGGAUAUCCAGACAAUGUUUAAUGAAACGCAGCUCAGCCAUUUGGCCGAAGCUGGAUUUCAAUCAUCCGCUGUCAGUACAACAAUCAUCAAGAACCAGCCACCCAGCAACUGCAAGUACUAUUCUUUUCCUACCAUGAUUGCCCCAACAAUUUUAAAGGAAACUCAAUGAGAGCGCCAAAGAUUCAUCGCCAUCAGCUGAAAAUUAGAAAAAUUACAUUAUUUCUUAUGAAAUAUUGUACUAUAUUUAUAUAUGGUUAUUUGCAAUGUGCAUUUAGUUAAUUUUUGUUUCUAGGUUAAUUGCUUUUAUUAAUUACAAAGUAUGUUUCCUUA